AUGGACGAUGAAAGGACAUGUGCAAAUGUGGUGGUUGAUGGCAGUACGGUGAACCUUGGCCUCUGGGAUACUGCAGGUCAAGAAGAUUACAACAGGCUAAGGCCUCUUAGCUAUAGAGGAGCUGACAUUUUUCUAUUAGCUUUUUCUCUCGUCAGCAAAGCCAGCUUUGAAAACAUUUACAAAAAGUGGAUCCCCGAGUUGAGACACUAUUCGCCAAAUGUACCAAUUGUCCUCGUCGGCACUAAACUUGACUUGAGAGAAGACCAGCAAUAUAUUAGUGAUCAUCCAGGUGCUAGUCCAAUUACAACGGCCCAGGGUGAGGAACUGAAGAAAAUUAUCGGGGCAGUUGCUUAUGUUGAGUGUAGUUCAAGAACUCAGCAGAAUGUGAAAACUGUAUUCGAUACAGCGAUAAAGGUGGCUUUGCGACCACCCAAAGUGAAGAAAAAGGCCCCCAAGCGAACUAGGCCUUGUGUCUUCCUUUAA